CCGGGCAGAUCUUUUCUGGUAUCUCUCGUGUCGUCUCUAUACUACUUCCUUCUUUUCGUGUUUCUCCCCUCUCCAGGAAAAGCUAGCCAAAAUGUCGGACGUCUACGCGAAGAACCUGCAGCGCGAUGUGGAGGAGUCCCAGCGGCUCGACGAGCAAUUCGAUCUGCUGACUGAAAAUCUGGGUUAUCUGAUCCACCCGGAAGUCCUCGAAUCACUGACUGCCCAAAACGCCUCAACCAAUCCUCCCACCCCAUUUAGGAUCGCAGAUCUCGCCACCGGCACGGCACGCUUUCUCCGACAAGUCGCAGCCUCGCCGCCAGACCCCCUCUUAGCCCACGCCCUCCUCGACGGCAGCGACCUCUCAGUGGCCCUAUUCCCAACGCCGCAAGAAGAACAACCAUCACCAUCACCCUCCCGCAUCACCCUCCACCAGCACGACAUCCGCGCCCCGAUCCCUUCUGAGUGGGAAGCACGCUACGACCUCGUGCACGUGCGCCAAGUGGCCGCGGGGCUGGCGCCCGAGGACUGGAUCCCCGUCGUCUCGAACCUGGCCCGGCUGCUCAAGCCCGGGGGCGCCAUGCAGUGGGAGGAGUGCAACUUCAGCAACGUGGUGCACCUGCGCGGGGGCUCGGUGGCAGAGUGCACGGUCGCGGCCGCCCGCCGCCUGGGCCAGCUGUUCCAGCACGGACUGAGGGACCACUUCGCGCACGGCUGGGACCGGUUGGAGACCGCGAUGCGGGCGGCGGGGCUACAGCAGGUGGACGGCGAGAGGGUCAGUGCCGAUCGGGUGCCCGCCACCCGUCGGGCGCUGACCGCGAACGGAAUGGCGGUCAUCCGACGGUGGGCAGCAGCGAAGGCGCGGGCGGGGGAAUUACGGGAGAUUCGCUCCGGAGAAUUGGUCUCGUUGGAGGAGGUGGAGGCGUUGGGGGUGCAGGCGGAGAAAGAUAUUGCGUCGGGGUGUUAUGUGCGCUUUGAUAUUCAUGCCGCAUGGGGGUUUCGGCCGGUGGAGUAGUUGUUUGGGGAUAUUUCUAUGGGUUGA